UUAUUUUAUAAAACUUUUCCAUCUUAGAUUAGUGAUACAAUUAUCCUAACCCAACAAAAACAUAGUCAUCUUGUUGGCCCAAAAAAAAAACAUUUAGACGGCGCCAACCAAACCUGGUUUUCUGUUUCCGCCUCCGUCCCCUUCCAUGCCGCCGGAGAAACCACCGUCCACGUUGUCUGUUGAGAAUCCAUGCGGCUUCUUCCUCGGUUCAAAACCUGUCACUACUCCAACUCCUUGAGGUUUGCAUCAACUGCACUUGCCCACAUCGAUUUACCUUCAUUCUCAGACACCCCACCUCGAAGUUCCUCACCUUGUGUCCCUGAGCUUCACAAGGACACCUCCAACGUGCUCCAAACGCUUCACCGUCUGCACAACCACCCUUCUCUUGCUCUUUCCUUCUUCACUCAGCUCAAGCAACAAGGGGUGUUCCCUCACAGUACCUCAGCCUACGCCGCCAUUAUCAGGAUCUUGUGCUACUGGGGCUUCGAUAAGAGGUUGGAUUCUCUCUUCCUUGACCUCAUUGCUCUUUCCAAACAAGACCCAUCAUUUGCAAUCAAGAACUUGUUUGAAGAGCUUUUGGAGGGGGAUGGUAUUCAUAGGAAACCCCACUUGCUCAAAGCAUUUGAUGGGUAUGUUAAAUCUUAUGUUAGUCUUAACAUGUUUGAAGAGGCUUAUGAUUUCUUGUUUCUAACUAGGAGGCUCGGGAUUCUGCCAAGUAUCUUGAGUUGUAACUUUCUCCUCAACCGUUUGGUUGCACAUGGUAAUGUGGAGAGGGCCUUGGCCAUUUACAAGCAGCUCAAGAGUCUUGGUUUGAGCCCCAACAAUUUCACCUAUGCCAUUGUAAUCAAGGCAAUGUGUAGGAAAGGUUAUUUGGAAGAGGCAGAUCAUGUGUAUAAUAAAAUGAAGGAAGCUGGGGUGAAUCCUGAUUCCUAUUGUUGUGCAGCAUUAAUUGAGGGCAUUUGCAAUCGUCGUAGUUCUGAUUUGGGAUAUAAAAGGCUCCAAGAUUUAAGAAGGAUGAAUGACCCUAUAGGGGUUUAUGCCUACACCGUUGUUAUUCGUGGGUUUUGUAAUGAAAUGAAAUUAUAUGAAGCUGAGAGUGUUAUUUUGGACAUGGAAAGCCAGGGGUUGGUUCCUGAUGUGUAUAUUUAUUCUGCAUUGAUCCAUAGAUAUUGUAAGAGUCAUAAUCUGCGGAAAGCUUCAGAGUUAUGUAGUCAAAUGAUUUCAAAGGGUAUAAAAACAAAUUGUGUAGUUGCUAGCUACUUCCUUCACUGCCUUGUUAAGAUGGGCAAGACCUCGGAAGUGGUAGAUGUGUUUAAAAAAUUGAAGGAAUCAGGCAUGUUUCUUGAUGGGGUAGUUUAUAAUAUUGUGUUUGAUGCUUUGUGUAGAUUAGGCAAAGUGGACGAUGCAAUAGAAAUGCGGGAAGAGAUGAGAGUUAAGAACAUUGAUUUAGAUAUUAAACACUACACAACCCUUAUUAAGGGGUAUUGCCUUCAGAAUAAGCUCUUAGAUGCCUUGGAUAUGUUUAGUGAAAUGAUAAAAAAAGGUUUUGCACCUGAUAUUGUCACAUAUAAUGUACUAGCUACUGGGUUGUCUAGAAAUGGCCAUGCUUGUGAGGCAGUUCGCAUUUUGGAUGAUAUGGAGAAUGAAGGUGUGAAGCCAAACUUAGCUACACACAAGUUGAUCAUUGAAGGUUUAUGUUCAGAAGGCAAAGUUGUAGAAGCUGAGGCAUAUUUGAACAGUCUAGAAGGUAAAGGUUUUAAACUUGAUAUUGUGACAUAUAAUGUACUAGCUGCCGGGUUGUCUAGAAAUGGUCAUGCUUGUGUGGCAAUUUGCAUUUUGGAUGGUAUGGAGAACCAUGGUGUGAAGCCAAACUCGACUACACACAAGUUGAUCAUUGAAGGUUUAUUUUCAGAAGGAAAGGUUGUAGAAGCUGAGAAAUAUUUUAAAAGUCUAGAAGAUAAAGGUGUGGAAAUCUAUUCUGCGAUGGUGAAGGGCUAUUGUGAAGCAGACCUUGUCGGAAAAUCGUAUGAACUUUUCCUUGAGCUGUCAGACCAAGGAGAUAUUGUAAAAGAAGAUUCUUGUUCCAAGCUACUUAGUAAACUCUGUUUUGCAGGUGACAUUGACAAAGCUAAGGAGUUGCUGAAGAUCAUGUUGUCAUUGAAUGUUGCACCUAGCAACAUAAUGUAUUCUAAAGUAUUAGUUGCUUUGUGUCAGGCUAGGGAUGUAAAACAGGCUCGCUCUUUGUUUGAUUUUUUUGUUGGGAGAGGAUAUACUCCUGAUGUUAAAACUUACACAAUUAUGAUAAAUAGUUAUUGUAGGAUGAAUUCCUUGAAAGAGGCGCAUGACCUCUUCCAGGAUAUGAAGAGGAGAGGGAUCAAACCUAAUGUCAUUACCUACACAGUUUUACUUGAUGGAAGCUUUAAAAAUGCAGCGACAUCAGAUGUUCGCACCAUCUGGGGGGAUAUGAAGCAAAUGGAAACAAGUCUAGAUGUUAUUUGCUACACUGUUUUGAUUGAUGGGCACAUAAAGACAGAUAACUCUGAAGAUGCAAGUAACCUAUAUAAAGAGAUGAUUUACAAAGGACUAGAACCAGAUACGGUAACAUACACUGCUAUGAUUUCUUCCUUCUGUAACAGAGGGCACAAAAAGAAAGCUUCUAUAUUGCUUGAUGAAAUGUCUUCAAAGGGAAUGGCACCAAGUUCUCAUAUCAUCUCAGCUGUAAAUCGCUGUAUUCUAAAAGCUAGAAAGGUGGAAGUUCAUGAGUAGUUUGUCAGCUCAGACUGCCAGUGCUUGGAUCUUAUCUCAAGUUCUACAAUCUAUCUGGUCAAUACUCAAUACCUAAAGAUUGGAAAGAAAAGAGCUUUGCAGAUUGCAGAUUUUCUUACCAGCAUGUCUUUGUAUAUACUAUAUAGAGAUUUGGCCUUUCUCAUGGUUAUGAAUUCAUUUUGUGCUACAUAUAUUUUCACUGGAGUUGUCUGCAUUCUUCUUUAUCAUGAGUAUAAGUAUAUUUAAACAAAAAGAAUUGCUUGUUUAUUCAUUCAAGCCAGAGCCUGUAUUCCUGUUCCACCUGGAAGCACCUGUAAUGAUGCUGUUAGCGCUUCUCUCUGAUUCAGUUGCCUGUCGAAGCAGCUAACUGCAAAUUCUAACUGUUCAGACUUCAGAAGCAAUAUUUGUUGAUCUAUGUCAUUUUUCUGUAAGAGCAACACAGUUUUGUGAAACCAGAAAUUGUGAUACUUGCUUGCCAUAUGAAGCCUAAUCAUGGUACCAGAAUUGCUGGAAUCCAUCACCCUCCAAUGACCCGUCUUUUGGAAAAACACAUUGGCAUGUUCACUAAGCAGCAGCUGCACUCAAGGGGAAAGUUAUCUUAUAUGCUUGAUGGAGAUAAACUCCAGCAUGGACUGAACAAGAAUCUUGGUUUUAAACCUGAGGACCGCACUGAAAAUAAUUGCGCAGAACUGAUAGAAAUAAAUUAAUAAAGCAGGAAGGUAGACUGGUAGAGUUUGGCCAAAGUAGCUUCUUACUUGGAAGAAAAAAGGAUUUCUUGAAUGUUAGGAAGUUGAUAGUUGUAUCUGUUGGCUGAUUAUUUGUAAUGUCAGUUUGCUCUAUAUGUAAUUUGUGGAUUGAUCUACCGAUUAAUGGAAAACAACCUUCUUGAUCCCAA